UUUUUUUAAUGUCAAAUAUAAAAAUUGAACGAAAUCAGUUUUUGACAACUAGCAAGAAGUUUUGCACGUAUUUUCAAAAACCGUACAAAAUAAAUAGAUUUGUGACUUUUGGCAGUCUUAUAUUGGGAGCUACUUAUUGGUUACGCAGUUCUGGAGAAGUUUGAUUAGUAAUUUCUUACAGCAUAUUGUCAUUCAAGUUAAAGCUUUCGUCCGAGUCGGAUCUAUUUUUACUAGUCGGAAGUUUUGUCACUGAAUUUAGUUUUUGUUGGUUUCGAUAUAUUCAGUUAAAGAAAAAAAAAAUGGAUAUUAUGGAGAUGUCUUUGGACGAGAUUAUAUCUAGUGACUAUCUAGGCAAGGAAACUCUUGGAAAAAUUAACAUGUCUCGUAAUCGUCGUCAGGCGGGUGGUUUUCACGUCAAGGUAUUUCGGCCUGAUAUUUCCUACAGGGCCAAGCCAUAUGCUUAUAGACCUGGUAUUGGUAAUACUGGUUUCGCCAUGCGUCAGUCUACUGAAUAUUAUGGUAAUGGACCUGAUGUCUAUGGUGCACAUACAAGCUCUUAUGGUAGACGCCGCAUUUAUGUGAAGGCUCCUGAAUUUUAUGGUAAGUCAGCUAAAGUUUAUGGUAAGCAUCGUCAAUCGUUUGGUAAUCAUAUUGAAAUGUACGGCAACAAACCUGAUUACCACGGAAGAAAACAUAAGCAGUAUGGGCACGGUCAGCAUGCUGGAGUGUUUGAUAAACGUAUUGGAGGUUAUGGCAAAAUGUAUGGUAAAUACCCCAGAGCACAUGGUAAACGUUAUGAUAAGUAUGGAAAGCGCUCUAAAAUGGUUGAAAAAUCUAAUGUCGAUGAAUUGCGUUCUAAUAAAAACAAGUUAUAUAAGAAACAAACAAAUAAAUUCUAUAACGUUCGCGAUAAGCGCGAUGAUUGCUAUGAUGAUGGUUUUGACAUCAAAAAAACUCUCGAGAUUCGUAGUAAGGGUCUUGGUGUCAAAGGAAGAUAUGAUAGAAUGUUUGAAAAUCCUUUUGAUGAUUCUGGAUACCAGCCUGAAAGUGAUGCGUCCUCUGACUCGUAUCGCCAUGGAAGAGUCUCUAAAAUGCGUGCCAAGCAUUCUGGUUCGCGUGGUAAACGUUAUAAGUCACGUCCGAAACCACGCCGUAAUAAGCGCUACUCACGUCAACGUAGCAGCAAAAUCCGUAUAAGUAAUCUUGCCUUAUGUGUUACUGAUACUGAUGUAACUGCUUUGUUUGGUGAGAUUGGCCCCAUCAAAAAGUGCUUGAUUCAUUUCGAUCGCUAUGGCAAAAGUUUGGGUUUAGCUGACGUUAUUUACCUACAUCGUGAGGAUGCCUUAAGAGCUGUUAAAAUUUACAAUGGGCUGCCAUUGGAUCGUCGUAUAUUACGUGUUCGCUACAUACCGUAUUACUAUUAGCUGCACCGCAAUAACAUUCUCCAACUUUCAAACAAUUUUAUUCCUUCGUUUUCAAUGCUAAUUUUGCCAUUUUUUAAAGAAUUCAAUUGAUUAAUUUAAAUGUUUCUUUACUCUAUUUACAUGUUGCACAUGCAACAAAAUCCUUACAAAUACAACAAUUUACACAAAUUCAAUAAACACCAGUUAAUAAUA